CGGCCUGGCCCACUCCAAAAACUCCAUGUUAGUUACGGGGUUUCUUGGGGUUAACACGCUACUACCACUGUUAUCCGUUCUUAUGCCAUGUUAGCCGCUCCGCUCACCGCUUUAUUGAAAAAGAAUGCAUUUCAAUGGGAUUCGGCAGCAUCAGAGGCUUUUGGUCGACUCAAAUCUGUUAUGACGACACCACCCAUCCUCAGUCUCCCCGAUUUUGGUGUUACUUUCGUUGUGGAGACCAAUGCUUCGGACGACGGAAUCGGCGGUGUUCUCAUGCAACAUGGGCACCCACUAGCAUUUUUUAGCAAGAAAUUGGGACCGCGGCGGCAUUUAGCAUUGGCCUAUCAUCGGGAGCUAUAUGCAAUCGUGGAAUCUAUCCACAAAUGGCGUCAAUACUUGCUCGGGCGGGAAUUCAUUAUACGGACUGACCAAAGAAGUUUGAAGGAAUUACUUUUCCAGGUGGUACAAACGCCGGACCAACAGUACUAUCUCCGGAAAUUAAUGGGAUUUCGGUUUCGGAUCGAGUAUAAGACCAGGGUGACCAACCGUGUAGCAGAUGCUCUCUCUCGCCGUAAUGAACUAGAUAGCACCGCCGGCGCCUUGUUCCAGUGUUCCAUUGGCCUCAAAUGUGGCGUGAGGUGCAGGCUUUUGUUAACGGAACUGCCUUCUUUGAUGCCAUAUACGACGGGUAUUAGCAAGGUCCAGCAGGUUGAUGAGCUGCUCACUGAACGCACGGCUCUUUUAUCGGAAUUGAAGCGGAAUCUCGUGGCCAUGCAACAACGCAUGUCCGCCCAAGCUAAUGGUCAUCGCCGCCAUGUCGAAUUUAAAGUCGGGGAUCAGGUACUUUUGAAAUUACAGCCUUAUCGUCAGCACUCGGUGGCUCGCCCCCAGUCCGCCAAGCUAGCCCGUCGUUUUUAUGGGCCUUUCACUAUCCUGGAACGCAUAGGCAGUGUGGCCUACAAGUUGCAGCUGCCCGGGGAUUCGCGUAUUCAUGAUAUCUUUCAUGUCUCGUUGCUUCGACCUUUUGUACCAAGUACGACGUUGCCACCCAUUGCUAUGCUACCACGGGAGUUUCAUCACGGUGCCCCACUCUCGGUCCCUACUCGCGCAAUUGAAGCGCGUACGGUCCUUCACAACGGCAUCGCCGCUGACCAGUGGUUAGUCGUUUGGUCAGAUGGAGAUGGGGCGAAUGCUACUUGGGAGCCAGUGAGUUCUAUUUGGCAGGCAUAUCCGGAGCUCGUCCUUGAGGACAAGGACAUUUUUGAAGGGCGGGCAAAUGAUACAAUGGCAAUUCGAGAGGAGCCCGAGACCCGCGUCAGAACGGAUGCAACUACUGAGAACGUGAUGCAGAGCCAACCAAGGCAGUCGGGACGGACAAUUAAACCUCCGGCCCGUCUUAAGGAUUUUAUUUGAUUUAAUAUUACGGAUGUAUUUUAGUAUUUUUUAGGUGAGUGGAAUUAUAACACUCCUCCGAGGGUUUCUUUACGGUUCUUUACCUCGUCGCUUUUCUUGAACCGUCAGGGUAGAAAACAUAGUAAUUAGGGUUUUGAGCCUCUCUAAGUCUAUAUAAAGAGAUGCUUACAUCAUAUUAAUUAAUCAAGAAAUAAAUUACAAACCCUAAU